CCGCCCGCCCGCCCGCUCGUAUUUAUCCACACCAAAUGAAGAAGACGAAGAGCCAACAGCCGGGAGAACCCCAGAUCCUAAAAUGGUCCUCAAAGCCAGCCAGCCACAACGCGGCCCGCGUGCGCAACAACCAGCGGCGCCACCGCGCCCGCGCCAGGGAGCACGUCCAGGACCUCGAGAGGCGCCUGCAGGAGACGGGCGCCAGGCUCGAGGCCGCGCUGCAGACCAUCAGCCACCUCGCGCGCGAGGUCGAGGUCCUGAGGGGCCGUCUGCCUGCAUCACCACCACCAGCACCGCCGCCGGCGUGGCCCCUGCCCCCGCUGCCCCCGGCGACGGGCGUGGCAGGAGGCGAGUAUGAGGUCCAGCUUGGCGUCCAGCCCGCGGGCCCGUCGGGCGGACCACCACCUGCGGAAGAGCAGGAGCCCGGGGCCCCAGGUGUCCCAGAGCCUACUAUUGAUGCUGCUGCUGCUGCGCCGCCAUCCUCAUCAUCGACAGAGGGAGCAGACACUGGCGGCGAUGACGACGACGACGACAACGACAACAACAACGCAGACCAGGACUGCGUCUGCUCCGGCGCGGGCCUCCUCCCCCUCCCGCCGCAGGCGCCCGGCGAGUCCACCCUCCCCUGCGCCUCGGCGUUCCGCAUCAUAUACCAGCAGAGCUUCGGCGGCGUCGAGGUCACCGCCGUCCGGGCGUGGCUGGGUCCCGGGUUCCGGAGGGCGCUGCGGCCCGGCGGGGCGUGCCGGGUCGAGACGGGGAGGGUGUAUGAGCUGCUUGAUCAUGUCAUGUCGGAUUCUUGAGCUGGGACUAG